UUUUGGGCCAGCUCGUACGCUGCUGUUGUGUCUGCAGCCACAGACAGGAGACUAGUGAAAGUAGUCGACCCUCGCAGUGGGAACUACUUGUUUAGACAGAGUGGUAUAGCAGUCGGGCAUGAAAGAUGGAGCUCUCGGCGGUGGGUGAUCGCGUUUUCGCCGCGGAAUCCAUCCUCAAGCGCCGCGUCCGCAAGGGUAGUCUUGAAUAUCUUGUGAAAUGGAAAGGCUGGGCACUAAAGCACAGUACCUGGGAGCCAGAAGAGAACAUUCUGGAUGACCGCCUGCUCCUGGGCUUUGAGCAGAAGGAGCGUGAAAGAGAAAUGCACGGGCCAAAGAAACGAGGGCCGAAACCCAAAAGUCCUGGCAUGAAGGCUCGUACUCUAAAAGGGGAGACAAGCACUGGGGACGCCAACCAACGUAAGAGCACCCGCCGCGCCUCUCCAGGGGACCCCGCCCUAAGCCCUCCUUUACCUCCGUCCGCUGCUGCUGCCACCUCCUCUUCCUCCGCCUCCGCCGCCUCUGUGACCCCCGCCGCCAAGAACUCCUCCCUGGCCUCCACCCACAAGCUGAAGAAAGACAUUCACCGCUGCCACCGCAUGUCCAGGCGCCCCCUGCCCCGCGCCCUCGCCGCCUCCUCCGGGCCCGGCCCCGGGGGCUUCCCCUCGCGCCCCCACGCCUCCCCCUUCUCCGAGACGGUGCGCAUCCUGAACCGCCGGGUCAAGCCCCGGGAGGUGAAGCGCGGCCGCAUCAUCGUCAACCUGAAGGUCAUCGACAAGCCCGGCCGGGGGUCCGUGGCCGGCGGCAGGGGGGCCCUGGCCGGCCGGCAGAACCUCCCGUCCCGCAACCGCAUCAUCGGGAAGAGGCAUGGCGAGGCGGCGCCCUACCGGCCCUUCCAGCCCCCGCUGAAGAUGCUGGGCUUCCCCAUGUACGGGAAGCCCUUCGGCCUGCAGUGCGGAGGGCCCCGGCCCUUCCACCCGCUCACGGGCGGCCCCGUCCCUGAGAGCGCCGCCCAGGGUCAGCCCGGCCCGGCAUCGGGCCCCCCCUCCGGCGCCCCUCAGGCCCCGGCCUGCUCCCAGCCCCGGCCCAGCCAGCCCGCGACGGAGGCCCCCGAGAGCCGGACCACCCAGCCGUCGACGCCGAGCCUGGCGGCCGUCACGUCCCCCUCCUCCUCCCUCCCCGGCGACGAGGCGCCCUCUGCUGUGUCCGGUCGGCAGGCCAACCCCCCGCCGGCCGCCCCCGCCGAGCCCUCCCGAGUGCCCGCCGAGGGGGACCCCGAUUGGCGCCCCGACACGGGGCCCAGCUGCAAGGGCGUGGUCGUCACCGACGUCACCACCAACCUGGUCACCGUCACCAUCAAGGAGUUCCCCACCCCCCCCUCCUGCCCCCCCUCCCCCUCCUCCGCCGGGACCGAAGCUGGCUCCGCCCCUUCUGCCGCUGCUCUCCGGAUCUUCUUCGCCGGGAUGAAGUUCGUCGUGGUUCUCGUAGCCGCGGGCACGGUGGCCUUCCUCGGCGCGGUCAUCUGCAUCAUCGCCAGCGUGUAUCCUCGGAAGAUCGUGGCUCCGGGUGUCGACAACGGCACCCUGGCGCCCGAGAGGUUUGACGCCCUCGCCCCGGGCGCCGUGGCUCAUGCCGGGCCACUGGGCGCUCUCCAGGGUGGUGGUGGGUCAUUCGACGGAGGAAACAGCCUGGGAGGAAUCGGCUUCGACGUCCCCACUCUGAAUGAGCUCGGCACAGGGGACGUGGCCGGAGUAGGGUCCGCCAAGACGUUUAGCUUCAAUCGCUUGAUCUGCACUCCGGUUCCGGUUGGAGAAUGUAACCACAAGAUCUUUCGGCAGCAGCAGCAGCCACAGGCGGACGACCCGUGGGCUGUGGACGAGGAAUCGGUCAACCUCCGGACCACGGCGAAAGACCUCCGGCAGGUGGUGGGCCAGCAGAACGAACAGAUCCUCAUGGACAAGCAGACCAUCCGCGAGCUUACCGGGAAACUGAACGAGUGCGACAGCGACCUCGAGGACGACAAGAACGUGCCCGAGCGCAGCGUGGGACCGUGGAGCAGCAACCGCCGUUUCAUGGCGGGAGAUGACGUUAGCUCCUCGGCGGCGGCUCAGCUGCAGACGGCGCGGGCCGUUGAGGAGCUGGAGCGGGCCAUCAUGGAUCUGAAGGACCGCAUCGAGAAACUGGAGGCAGAGAUCGGCCCGGCUGCGUUGAACCUCACCGACACAUCCGCCAGCACCACCAGUAGCAGCGGCGGCGGGAGCUCCGGGCGGGGGGGCAAGGGCCCCUGGAAGGUGGGCGAUCUGGAGGGGGAGCUGGAGAGGAAGAUCAAGCUGCUGGAGAAGGAGCGUCUGACCAUGAGGAAGGAGAGCCAGGGCCACCGGGACAACAUCGACAAGGGCCUGGAGACCGUGGACCACCGCCUGGCCGAGCUAGAGCACACGAUGACAGAGCUCUCCUUCCCCGACGGCUUUGUGAUCUCCUUCCCUAUACGGACCAACCAAAUGUACGGCAUGGUGAGGAAGGAGAUGCCCGAGAUGUACGCCUUCACCGCCUGCCUGUGGCUGAAGCCCAAGGAGGGUGGCAUCGGGACCCCCUUCUCCUACUCAGUCCCUGGGCAACCCAACGAGCUGGUCCUGCUGCAGGGGGUCCACAACCCUGUGGAGCUGCUCAUCAACGACAAGGUGGCGCAGCUGCCCCUGUCUCUGCUGCAGAAUGAGUGGCAGCACGUCUGUGUGAGCUGGACGCUCCGGGACGGGGUGUGGAAGGCCUUCCAGGGCGGCAAGAUGAAGGGCAGGGGAGAGGGGCUGGCCGCCUGGCACCCCAUCAAGCCCGGGGGGGUACUCAUCCUGGGGCAGGAGCAGGACACCCUGGGUGGACGGUUCGACGCCUCCCAGGCGCUGGUGGGGGAGCUGUCCCAGUUCAACCUGUGGGACCGGGUGCUGAAGCCAGCGGAGGUGGCCGCCCUGGCCGACUGCAGCUCCCCCGUCCUGGGCAACAUCGCCCCCUGGACCGACCUGGACGUGGACGUCUACGGUGGGGCGAUCAAGGAGUCCCUGGACCCCUGCCACGCCGCCCAGAGGACCAACCCCAAGGGACACAAACAGUGA